AUGUCGUCUUCAGAUUCAGACUCGUCUGAUGAACAGUUGGAGGCCUACAAGUCCCGUCUGAUGGCCUCUCUAGAGAAAAAGGUCGAGGUGGAACCGAAGCAAGAAGAACAAGAUGGACCUUCCUUUGAAGACUUGGGAAUAUGCAGCGAACUCUGCAAUGCCUGCAGAGAACUCGGGUGGAAGUCACCAACCAACAUACAAAUUGAAGCAAUCCCACCCGCUCUAGAAGGAAAGGACGUUAUUGGACUUGCAGAAACAGGUUCGGGAAAAACUGCUGCGUUUACGAUUCCGAUCUUGCAGUCUCUAUUGGAUAAACCUCAGCGUCUUUAUGCUCUUGUAUUGGCUCCAACCAGGGAACUUUGUGUUCAAAUAACAGAGCAAUUUAAAGCUUUGGGUUCAUCAAUAGCCCUUGAUGUUUGUAUGAUAUUAGGAGGUCUAGAUAUGGUUUCUCAGGCGCUCCAACUCUCUAAAAGACCGCAUAUCAUAGUUGGCUCUCCAGGAAGACUUGCAGAUCACUUGGAAAAUACCAAAGGUUUUUCAAUUGAAACUAUGAAGUUUCUAGUCCUUGACGAAGCUGACAGAUUAUUGUCCAUGGAUUUUGAUGAUGCACUAGACAAGAUUCUAAAUGCGCUUCCAAAGGAAAGGAGAACAUUUCUCUUUUCAGCUACAAUGACCUCAAAGGUUGCCAAACUCCAAAAGGUCUCGCUUAUAAAGCCUGUAAAGAUUCACGUCAAUACAAAAUAUUCUACAUCGCAAUUGUUGGUACAAAAGUAUCUUUUGAUUCCCCUAAAAUUCAAAUGGACCUAUUUGGCAGCACUAUUGAUGCACUUUGGUGGAUAUACUGCAAUGAUAUUUUGCAAUACGUGUCUGGGAGCCCAAAAGUGCUGUUUGUACCUACGAAACCUACAAAUUACAUCAAUCUGCUUACAUGGAAAAUUAUCGCAAAUGCAGAGAUUGGGCGCUCUAAAUGGGUUCAAGUCUGGUAGUUAUAGGACUAUGGUCGUAACAGAUGUGGGUAGCAGAGGCUUGGACAUUCCUUCCGUCGAUUUAGUCAUCAACUUUGACAUUCCGCAGAGUUCCAAGGACUACAUUCACAGGGUUGGAAGAACAGCAAGAGCUGGACGCACCGGAACUGCCAUUACAGUUGUUACACAAUACGAUAUAGAGCCGUUUCAGAGGAUAGAAUUUGCCUUGGGGAAGAAGUUGGAAGAGUUUGUUGACAUAACUGAAGAUGCUGCUCUAUCAAAACACGAAGACUACUCCCAGGCUCUCCGAACGGCAGAAUCAGAAAGCAAGGAUACCGCAAAUAUUUUCAAGAGAAAGGGCAAGUUUGUAAGUAAAUAUGAAAAGGCAAAGAAGAAGCAAUCUAGAUGA